AUGGCGGUGGCAGACUCCAAUUCAAACACAUGGCGCAAGCUGCCUUUGGAAUUAUGGGAGAGCGUCCUCGAAGCGUGUUUCGAUAGGGACGACUGGGGAGCAACACGGCGUGCGUCACAAGUAUGUAGCUAUUGGCGGGCGAUGAUUCUAUCGAUACCGCGGCUGUGGCAGAGGGUGGAAAUAUACGAGCGAGAUCUGAGUGAGGGAGGUAUGCGGAGUGAAUUUGCAGAGUUUAUAAAAUUGAUACGCUCACGCAACAAGAAGAAGAUUAAGGAGGUGAAAUUGUUGCUAGGCGCUACACAAGUACCUGGAGUAGCUAUACGUACUCUGAUAGGCGCACAAAAGCUGGAUAAGCUGGUAGUGCACUACACAGAAACCUUUAAUGGCCCUUUCUUCGUUCCACCGGAGUGCACAGUCGUCGAAGCGUGGGCAGCCACUCUGAACACCCACAAUAAGCCACACGCGCUCAUAAUACAGAAGAAUCAGCUGGAUGUGGUGAGGCUGCACAAUGUACUCCCGUGGUCGACGCAUUUCGACCAAGAUUUGAGCAACGGAGUGAGACAUUUACAUCUACACCUCAAUACACAAUGCAGGGAUACGAUGGCUGGGUACACCAUCUCACAGUGCAAAGAUCUAGAAACGCUGUAUGUGGGGAACCUUGCGUUCACUCUAAACAUACCAAUCUCAUUGGCCCAGCUGAAAAUUUUAACCUUGGUGAAUAGCAGUAGCGCACUGAGAUUUCUACGCGCACCAGCGUUAGAAGAGAUGGAGAUAUAUACGGAUGACAGUGUGGAUAUGGAGGAAAGUAUCACAAUCCACCACUCACUCACGUCCCUGCGGCGGAUAAAGUUGAGAAUUGGAAGGGAGGAGGUUAGAAUGAAUAGGGAAAUGUUCAAUAGGUUGGAGGUGGCAGAUGUGGUAGCAGAAGGUGAUGGAUUCCUCGAUGCACUUGUAUCCAACGGUAGAGGACUGCGAGUACUGCGAACAAGACACGCAGACUACUCAAAGCUUAGGAAUUUGAUAGAGAGGAGCGGAUUGAAUAUAGAGGAGCUUACUCUUGAGGAAACACCAGCGCGUGAGAAAAGAGAAGACGAUAAGAAGGCUAUUGAUUGGUUUAGAGGGAGCGUGAGGAGUUUUGAAUAUAUACAAAGGACUAUAAGUUAG